AUGAAGCUCUCACUCACUUUAGCGGCCUUCAGCUUGGCUGGCUAUGUGCUUUCAUUGGCAGUCCCACAGACUCCGUUCCAAUUGAACACAAACCCAUUCAUUCAGUCAAUUGAAGACCAAUUGAGACUCAACAAAUUAGACCCCAAAAUACACCAAUUCUGGCAACAUACUUUGGCAACCGAUCGGGAACAGGUGUCACGGAUCUCCCAGGGAGUUCCCGGCAAGGAGUUCAACCCCCAGCAGUUUGAAAACACAGUUGUUCACGAGAAAGUCGCUUCUCACGUCCUUCGCUACAAACUGGUCCCUAAACACUUGGGAGUUGACACGGUAGACCAGUACACCGGGUACGCCGAUAUCAUGGAGGAAGACAAACACUUAUUUUUCUGGAUGUUUGAAAGCAGAAACGAUCCGACCACAGACCCAGUUGUGUUGUGGCUCAAUGGUGGACCUGGUAGCUCUUCGAUGAUGGGAUUAUUCUUCGAAUUGGGACCUUCGUCUGUAAGCCCCGAGUUGAAAGUCGUUAGAAACGACUACUCCUGGAACAACAAUGCCACCAUGAUCUUCUUGGAUUCGCCUGUGAACGCUGGAUUUUCCUACUCGUCUCACGAUGUCAACACUACCGUUAGCACCAGUGAAGACGUUAUUACCUUUUUAGAACUUUUUUUCAAAGGAUUCCCCCAGUUUACCAAGGUACCUUUCCACAUUUCCGGUGAGUCCUAUGGGGGCCACUAUGUCCCGAAGUUGGCCAAGGAUAUUCUCAACAAAAAAGAUAAAAACUUUGAGUUGCAGUCGAUUCUAGUUGGAAACGGCUUAACAGAUAUGUUGGUCCAGUACGAGUACUACCAGCCAAUGGCUUGUGGUGAGGGUGGUUACCCAGCUGUAUUGGAUGAGGAAACAUGUGCUACUAUGAAGGCCAAUAUUCCUGAAUGUAUUGCCCUUAUUGCCAAAUGUUACGAUAGCGAAACUGCUGCCGACUGUUAUGCUGCAACCGAACUUUGUAACGAGCAGCAAAUACAGCCUUGUGCUGAAGCAGGAACCAACAUGUACGACGUUACACUCGAAUGCAAAGGUGAGAACGCCUGUUAUACUGAAAUUGGAGAUAUGGAACGGUAUCUCAACUCUACUGCCGUCAAAGAUGCAAUUGGUGCUGAAAUCAAAUCUUACCACAGUUCAAACCCAUAUAUUAACAAGCACUUCCGGAUGAUGGGUGACUGGAUGCAACCGUACUUCAGAGAUGCCAUUCAUGAUGUUUUGGAACAGGGCUUACCGGUGUUGUUGUAUGCUGGAGACAAAGACUUUAUUUGCAACUGGAUGGGUGUUGAGGCAUGGGCUGAUCGGUUACAGUGGUCUGGAGCUGAAGGUUAUAGUACUUCGUCUGUUGAGAAGUGGUACAAUGGAGAUAUUCAUGCUGGAAAUGUGAAGAACUAUGAGAACUUGACGUUCUUGAGGGUGUUCGGAGCAGGUCAUAUGGUUCCUCAUGACCAACCACAAAACUCAUUGGAGUUUUUCAACCGGUGGUUAGCAGGCGACUACGCCUUAAAUAAGUAG